AUGGCCACCACUGACUUGGAAAGAACACCGUCAGUCAGCUCGCAAGAGUCAGACGUCGUGGUCUUGGACUGGGAGGGUCCCGAUGACCCCGGAAAUCCCCUCAACUGGCCCCUGCACCGGAAAUGGAUCGUCACGGCGAUCCCCUUGUUCACAACCUUUACUACACUAAUGAAUGGAACCAUCAUCACCGUCGCCCACGAAAAGAUCAACGAAGAGUUUGGGAUCAGCGAUGCAAACUUCCCGCACUCGUACUGGCCCGUCACCUCGUGGACUAUCGGCGGAGCCUUCUUCUCGCUACUCGUCCUCCCCGUCAUGGAGGAUUUUGGUAUCCGGCGCUGUUUCCUGGGUACCUACAUUAUCUUUCUCUGUUUCAUUAUCCCGCAGGGUCUGGCCCACAACUUCGCCACUCUGAUCACUACCCGCUUCUUCUGCGGUGGGUGCGUGAUGAUCCUGGCCAACACCGUCGCCUCCGUCAUCGGCAACGUCUGGAAGGACGAGCGCGAGCGCAACAUGCCCGUUAGCCUGUACAUCCUCGCCUACCUGUCCGGUAGCAGCAUUGGGCCCGUCAUCGGCGCGCCGAUCCUCCAAUACCUGUCGUGGCGUUGGAUCUCCUACCUCCAGCUGAUUUGGUUCGGGGCGCUCUUCCCGAUCUACUACCUCCUCUUCCGCGAAUCGCGGGGCGCCGUCAUUCUCGCCCAGCGUGCGCGCCACCUGCGCGCCAAGGGCCAGAACGUCUACGCGCGCGACGAGCUGCACAAGCAACCCAGCCACCAGAUGCUACUGGCCAGCAUCAAGCGACCGGUGCAGUUGUUGUGCACCGAGUCCGUAAUCUUCGUCUCGACGCUCUGGUCUGCCUUCACCGUCGGCACGCUUUAUCUUUUCACCCAGACCGUCGAGCAGGUCUUCAGUGGGCUGUAUGGCUGGACCGCCGUGCAGGCCGGCUACGUGCAGGGUGCUAUCGUCGUCGGCCAGUGCCUGGGGUGGACCUCGUCCUUCUACUCAGCGAAACUGUACUUCGACUCUGCGCGCCGCAACACCGAGCUUCCGGGUGUGCCCAUCCCCGAGGCGCGACUAUACACAGCUGUGGCGGGCGGAAUUCUUGGCCUCGCUGGCGGGAUGUUCACGUACGCCUGGACCUCAUACCCGAAUUUCCCAUGGAUCGCGCCGGCGGUCGGCCUGGCCAUGGUCGGCGCAGGCAGUGUGUCCGUCGUGUGUGGCAUCGCGGAUUACGUCGUCGAUGCGUACAGCCACUGGGCGGGCAGCGCUGUGGCCACCGUUGCUCUUGGCGAGAAUGUUUUCUCCGCGUUCCUGCCGCUCGCGGCGCAGAGUAUGUACAAUACGCUGCAUUUCCAGUGGGCGAGUACCCUGCUGGCAUUGGUGUCGCUGGUUCUGGCUUUUGCGCCGGUUUUGGUGUUGAUCUGGGGGAGCGAGAUCCGUGCGCGGAGCCCGUUCAUGAGGCAGUCGAUGUUGGUGAAGCGGCGGGAGCUGGAGGGUGGAUAUCAGCGGGAAGCUAGGAGAACAUUCAACGUCGACGUUUGUAACGAUAGAUAG